AUGGGAAGUACUGUUUCCUGUGUUGAUCCAUCAGUCUGUGCGAUUUGCGGCAUAGGAAGUACUGCUUCCUGUGUUGAUCCAUCAUUCUGUGAGAUUAGCGGCAUGGGAAGUACUGCUUCCUGUGUUGAUCCAUCAGUCUGUGAGAUAAGCAGUAUGGGAAGGCCUGCUUCCUGUGUCAAUCUAUCAGUCUGUGAGAUGAGCGGCAUGGGAAGUGAAGAUGUCGUGGUGUCCGAUAGUUCAACUGGCGAAGAUUUGGUGGUAUCCGAAAGUUCAUCAGGUGAAGAUUUCGUGGUGUCCGAUAUUUCAUCAGAUGAAGAUGUGGUAUCCGAUAGUUCAUCAGGUGAAGAUGUGGUAUCCGAUAGUUCAUCAGGAGAAGAUGUCGUGGUGUCCGAUAGUUCAUCAAGUGAAGAUGUGGUGUCCGAUAGUUCUUCAGCAGAAGAUGUCGUGGUGUCCGAUAGUUCAUCAGGAGGAGAUGUCGUGGUGUCCGAUAGUUCAAUAGGUGAAGAUUUCGUGGUGUCCGAUAUUUCAUCAGAUGAAGAUGUGGUAUCCGAUAGUUCAUCAGGUGAAGAUGUGGUAUCCGAUAGUUCAUCAGGAGAAGAUGUCGUGGUGUCCGAUAGUUCAUCAAGUGAAGAUGUGGUGUCCGAUAGUUCUUCAGCAGAAGAUGUCGUGGUGUCCGAUAGUUCAUCAGGAGGAGAUGUCGUGGUGUCCGAUAGUUCAACUGGCGAAGAUUUCUUGGUGUCCGAUAGUUCUUCAGGUGAAGAUGUGGUAUCUGAUAGUUCAUCAGGAGAAGAUGUCGUGGUGUCCAAAAGUUCAUCAGGAGGAGAUGUCGUGGUGUCCGAUAGUUCAUCAGGUGAAAAUGUGGUAUCCGAUAGUUCAUCAGGAGAAGAUGUCGUAGUGUCCAAAAGUUCAUCAGGUUAUGAUUUCGUCAUAUCCGAUAGUUCAUCAGGUGAAGAUGUGGCAUCCGAUAGUUCAGCAGGAGAAGAUUUCGUGGUGUACGAAAGUUCAUCAGAUUUCGUGGUGUCCGAUAGUUCAUCAGGAGAAGAUGUCGUGGUGUCCGAUAGUUCAUCAGGUGAAAAUGUGGUAUCCGAUAGUUCAUCAGGAGAAGAUGUCGUAGUGUCCAAAAGUUCAUCAGGUGAAGAUUUCGCAGUGUGCAAUAGUUCAUCAGGUGAAGAUGUGGUGUCCGAUGGUUCUUCAGCAGAAGAUUUCGUGGUGUCCGAUAGUUCAUCAGGAGAAGAUGUCGUGGUGUCCGAAAUUUCAUCAAGUGAAGAUGUCGUGGUGUCCGAUAUUUCAUCAGGUGAAGAUUUCAUGGUGUCCGAAAGUUCAUCAGGUGAAACUUUUGUGGUGUCCGAUAGUUCAUCAGAUGAAACUUUCCUGGUUUUCGAUAUUUCAUCACGUGAAGAUGUCAUGGCAUCCGCUUGUUCAUCAGGUGAAAAUUUCCUGGUGUCCAGUUGUUCAACUGGUGAAGAUUUCGUGGUGUCCGAUAGCUCAUCAGGUGAAGAUUUCGCAGUGUACAAUAGUUCAUCAGGUGAAGAUGUGGUGUCCGAUGGUUCUUCAGCAGAAGAUUUCGUGGUGUCCGAUAGUUCAUCAGGAGAAGAUGUCGUGGUGUCCGAAAUUUCAUCAAGUGAAGAUGUCGUGGUGUCCGAUAUUUCAUCAGGUGAAGAUUUCGUGGUGUCCGAAAGUUCAUCAGGUGAAACUUUUGUGGUGUCCGAUAGUUCAUCAGAUGAAACUUUCCUGGUUUUUGAUAUUUCAUCACGUGAAGAUGUCAUGGCAUCCGCUUGUUCAUCAGGUGAAAAUUUCCUGGUGUCCAGUUGUUCAUCAGGUGAAGAUUUAGUGUUCUCCGAUAGUUCAUCAGGUGAAGUUUUCGUGGUGUCCGAUAGUUCAUCAGGUGAAGGUUUCGUGGUGUCCGAAAGUUCAUCAGGUAAAGAUGUCGUGGUGUCCGAUAGUUCAUCAGGUGAAGAUGUCAUGAUGUCCGAAAUUUCAUCAGGUGAAACUUUCGUGGUGUCCGAUAGUUCAACUGGCGAACAUUUUGAGGAGUCAAAUUGUUCAUCAGGUGAAGAUUUCGCAGUGUCCGAUAGUUCAUUAGGUGAAGAUGUGGUGUCCGAUGGUUCUUCAGCAGAAGAUGUCGUGGUGUCCGAUAGUUCAUCAGGAGAAGAUGUCGUGGUGUCCGAAAUUCCAUCAGGGGAAGUUUUCGUGGUGUCCGAUAGUUCAUCAGGUGAAGGUUUCGUGGUGUCCGAAUGUUCAUCAGGUAAAGAUGUCGUGGUGUCCGAUAGUUCAUCAGGUGAAGAUGUCAUGAUGUCCGAAAUUUCAUCAGGUGAAACUUUCGUGGUGUCCGAUAGUUUAUCAGGUGAAUUUUUCAUGGUGUCCGAUAGUUCAACUGGCGAACAUUUUGAGGAGUCAAAUUGUUCAUCAGGUGAAGAUAUCGUGGUUUCCGAUAGUUCAUCAGAUGAAGAUUUCGUGGUGUCCAGUUGUAAAUCAGAUGAAGAUUUCGUGGUGUCCGAUUAUUCAUCAGGUGAAGAUAUUGUAGUGUCCGAAAGUUCAUCAGGAGAAGAUGUCGUGGUGUCCGAUUGUUCAUCAGGUGAAUAUUUCGUGGUGUCCAAAUAUUCAUCAGGUGAAAAUUUCGCAGUGUCCGAUAGUUCAUCAGGUGAAGCUGUGGUGUCCGAUGGUUCUUCAGCAGAAGAUGUCGUUGUGUCCGAUAGUUCAACUGGCGAAGAUUUCGUAGUGUCCGAUAUUUCAACUGGCGAAGAUUUCGUGGUAUCCGAUAGUUCAUCAGGAGAAGAUGUCGUGGUGGCCGAUAGUUCAUCAGGUGAAGAUAUCGUGUUGUCCAAUAGUUCAUCAGAUGUGGUGUCCGAUAGUUCAUCAGCAGAAGACCUCGUGGUGUCCGAUAGUUCAUCAGGUGAAGAUGUGGUAUCCGAUAGUUCAUCAGGAGAAGAUGUCCUAGUGUCCGAAAGUUCAUCAGGUUAA